CGACUGCUAACGACAUAACAAGAUAGCAUAGCCGAACGAAAGUGGUGCCGCACGAGGCGCAACUGCAGCUAGAAUACCGCCAUGCGUCCUGCCGCUGCCGCUCUUCGACGACACAUCGGCACAGCAUGAGGGCCCGAGACGAAGGACACCAGGCCGACGACGUCCUCGAUGGAUCCCUUCUCGCCCUUCGCAGGAGCGCAUGUCCGCGCUCUCGUGCUCCCUGUGGGCAGCAUCGCGCGCAGCCGCUUCGCGCUCGUCGUUCAGAGACUGCAGCGCGAAGCGAGCAUCGUCCCAUUGGCAGACGUCGCACUGCACUCGCCCGAUGACGCCCACUUCCUCUCGCCCAAGCCUUUCCCCCAGGCCUCGCUGCUCUAUCGCUUCUUGCCCUCGGUCCCCUCCGAAACGCAGCAGCAGCUGUCGCCCUAUGAGCUGUUUCGAGAGCCUUUGCUGGUCAUAGGCGUGCUCGACGGGCUGGAAGGAGACGACGAUGCCCGGCGCAAGCUGCUGGACGAGGCAUCUGCCCACCUCAAAGAGCGCCACUCGCGUGUCGUCCAUCGUCAGUUGCUCGUGCUGGGCGGCGAGGGAGGCGGAGGUGAGCGCAUAGUCAGGGAAGUCGUGGUAUCAGACAUCGAUAGUCACAAUGAGCCGUCUCUACGAGCUGCCGUGUGCGAAAUAUCCGCACGCUUUCUGGUCGAAUUCACCACUUAUGCCAAAGCACUACAGGCUUCGCCCUCGAUUCAGACCCCUGGGCAGACUGCUCGUGCACUGCAACGAAACUCCUUCCACCGUGAUGGCGACAAGCGAUUGAGCUCGGGCAUGUCAAGUCCCGCUGAUGAAGAAGGUCCAGCAAAGGCACCUCCUCUCCCCGCGACUUCGUUUGAUCAGAUGCCAGGCGCCAAUGUGGUGACAAACGCUCUAGAGCGAUCUGAUAGCAGAGGAAGCAGUCAGAGUGGUGGCAGCAAAGGCAAGGGCCACACCCGCACCUCGAGCCACGAUCGAAUUGCACUCCAAGGCUUCGGCUCUGGUACGUCCCAGGAGAAGCUGCGGGCCAGAGGCAAAUCCCGUGUCGGCAUUGUGCUGGGUUCGGUUUACAUGAUGGCUGGACGUUGGAGUGAUGCUCUGCCAAUCCUGGUCGAGCAUACCACCAAGGCUCGUACGCUGUCAGAUCACUUAUGGCACGCCAAAGGCUUGGAAAACUCCAUGUUAUGUAUGUUGCUGCUGGCAUGGGCUGGGGUGGAGUUUCAAGUACCUUCCAUAUGCGAUCCUAUCACAGAACGUACUGGCUCUUCUACAAUAGCUCGUGCAAGCAUUGAUGCUAGACUCGCUGCGGAAGGCAUGCAGCGGCAAAUUGUGCGCCUUUCCGUAGCCAUUCCUGAUCUUUCCAAGCUGAUAUUGAGCCUGUACCGAUCUCACGAAGGGGCCCUAGAGCUUCCAGCAAUAGUGCCGGCAGAAGCGACUGUUCGCGUCGCGAAGCUGUUGGCAGUAUUGGGUGCGGCGGGAGGCGAGCUUGAACCCGCGAGUAUAGGCCGCAUGAUUACGGGACGAAAUGAUUCCAACAAAGUGCAGCACAGUGCGCAAAGCGCCCCGAUGCCCUUGGGCCGUCCACGGCCAUACUCAAGAAUUGUCAUCGCGGAACUUCUGGCACAGGCGCUGCCUGCUAAUGAUGAUGGCAUGGCAGUCGCAGACCACAUACAACUCCUCGCCGGCAUAGCAGCAUCGUAUGGCGCAUUGGGUCUUGUACGCAAGAAAGCCAUCACUCUGAAAGAUCUUAUCACCCGGCUUACUCAAGCGCUGCUUCAAGCACGAAAGCUGGGUGCCGCCGAAAUGGGUAUACAUCCUGCUGCCGCCCUCUCUGUCGAGUCUGGUCCAGACUCUUCCUUAGAUUCCGGCGAGGAGAGUAGUGGUCUCCAUGAUCUAUUUCACGAGCUUGCACUCACAUAUGGUGCAGAAAUUACCAUGGCAUCCCCUACCAAUGUCCCUACAUACGUCGACACAAAAGCGCAUGGGAAUGGGCUUCUCAAACGGGAUCUGUUGAAAGAGCUGGCUCAUUUUUGUGAGGCUUCCCCCGACCCGCUCGGUGUUAUCUCUUUAACGGCAUCUCUGCUUCGUGCUGCAGGACCAAACUCCGCGAUCGAUGCCGGGACGAGCAGCAUUGAGAAUGCAUUUUCGCGCGAGGAGCAAAUGCACUACGCCACAGUCAUUAAUCGUACUGUGGCAAUGUCGAGGCACCUAGGAUUCACCGAUAUUUUUGCCGAAUACUGGGAUCCAUUUCUUGUGCGCCUCGUGCAGAUUCUGCAGCCGAGCGGCCAAAGAGCGGUCAUUGACAGAACCAAGCUCAAUGUGGCUCAGAAGUCUUCCGAUCAGCCAAUUGCUCCGGGGAAUCCGCUUCUGUACGAUCCGAGUGCAAGCAGACCGGGUACUGCAGCACUAGAAACAUUCUUGCUUGUGGCCAAUGAAGCCUCCGUGUGCCGAGUAACAUUACAGAACCCGUUCGACAUUCCUGUUGAUAUCGAGUCCAUGCAGCUCGUGGCUGAGGGUGGCGAGCUGGAAUCCUCCCUUCCGCCUACCACUCUGGGUCCACUGAGGUUUCAACAGGUUGCCCUGACGGUGACGCCCAAGACCGUCGGAACCAUGAAGAUCACCGGCUGUCGGAUUCAGAUGCGAGGAUGCUAUCCACAAGACUUCUCCAUUGUCUCGGCUCCUUGGGCGACACGAGCUCCACUCACACUCAAAGAUAUUCGUGAUGGCUCGCACAAUACCACCAGUCAGUCUGACGGUCAGGAGUCUGCGCUGAACGCCCUUGGCAUCAAAGUAGAUCACGUAUCUGCGACAGUCAUAGAAGAGUUGCCCUCGUUAGUGCUUGAGAACACGGCAGCUCUGGAAUCCGGAUUAAUGUUACUCCAAGGCGAGAGUCGAUCGCUGGAACUCAUACUCCGCAACACUGGAAGUAUAGCAGCUACAGUGUUCGAAGCUACUGAUACUGCCGACGUCCUCCGCCGCGAUGACGAACACAAAUUGAAACUGCGCGGUGUGAAACACAAGCGAUCCAAGUCGUUCUUACCAACGACAACGAUAGCACCCGGAGAAUGCACCACUUUCAAGUUCAGGGUGGAGGGCAAAGCCGGUCUGUCUAGCACGCAGGCCAAUUUCUACUACCAGGCAAGUAGCGGAUCCGACGUGAAACACGCACGUGUGGUAUCAGUACCUGUCGUCAUGACUGUGAAUGCAGCACUACAGGUGCACAAUUUGGAAGUCUCGCAACUCGAUGAUAUCAAGAACGGGGACAACUUACUCGUCUCUUUCGAUUUGCGCAACGCAUGGCCUCAAUCAGUUCAUUACGAGUGUUUUGAGAAAGCUGCACGACGCCUUGAGUGGAACCGUGAUGCUGCAGACGUAGCACAAGACAUCCGAGAUGGACAUUUAGCACCAGGCGAGAUUCGCCGGGUUUAUCUGUCAUGGCGGCAUGACUGGAGUACAUUUGACUUUGAAGAAGACGCCGAGACUGCCCGGAGGAGAUUCUUGGACCAGUUGCAUGUUUCCUGGCAUGUAGAAGAACACAGCGGGUACGUGGAUCUGCUCGACCUGCCUCUCUCUUCUCGUGCCUUGGAUCUUGCGCGCGGCUGGCCUGUCAGUGUUGACCUUAGCGCAAGCCACCCGAGGCAUCAACCAACCGAUCUGCCCCCCACAGUCUCAUCAGAAGAAACAUUCCAUGUUGGUGCCUACAUCACCAUUGCAGUGCGGAUCAAAUCCCGGUCGAGAAGAACGGGCCAUUUAUGCGUGGAGCUCCUGUCGCAGGAUCAGGACAGUAGGCGAUUUGCAGUGGCUGGUAAUCUCAAGCGUAUCUUGCCUCCUUUCGAUGUCGGCGUGGAGAUGACUGCUGAGUUUGUUGUUUGUCCUUUACUGGCUGGCAAACUGGAGUUUGAUGCUAUAGUGCGACCCGUCCAGCUUGAACGACAUGUGGAGCAAAAGGGAUGGAAUGCAAUCAGGAGCAUUGUGUUAGAUGUUCAUGGCAGGGGGACAGCGGAGGCACCAGUCCUCCAAGCUGAAUAAGAAUUGAUGUGACAUUUUUACGUUGUUUUCAUGAUGCC